CGCCAGUGGCUGAUGCGCAUGCGCCCCCCCCCCUCUCCUCAGGCGAUCGGAUCGUUCCUCUCUUUGCCCACACAGGCUCCCCCUUUUGCGCAUGCGCGCUGCGGAUCGAGCCGUGGAGCCCGCUGCCUAGCUUGUUACCAGAAUCUCAAUGGCUUUCUUGAGUAGGCGGCUGGGCUUGCUGUUAACACAAAUAAACAGAGUGGUCGAGCAGCGGCACUUCAGCAUCUCUGGAGCAUGCAGUGCGAUACAGAAACUGACCCGCGUGCGAGUGGUGGACAACAGUGCCUUGGGGAACACACCGUACCAUCGGCCGCCCAAAUGCAUCCAUGUGUAUAACAAGACUGGAGUUGGGAAAGUGGGGGAUAAAAUUCUACUGGCUAUCAAAGGAGAAAAGAAAAAGGCUUUAAUUGUAGGUCACAGGAUGCCUGGCCCUUGCAUGACGCCUAGAUUUGAUUCCAACAAUGUGGUGCUCAUCGAAGACAAUGGAAACCCAACAGGGACUAGAAUAAAAACCCCAAUACCCUUGAUACUGCGGAAGCGCGAAGGAGAGUUCUCUAAAGUGUUGGCCAUUGCCCAGCACUUAGUGUGAAGACUAAGAAAGGUCUCAGGCUGUCCUGUGUCAUGGGCUUUGAAACAGUAAGUGUUCCACAUGGUUCCACUUAACCUAGAAGAGGAUCCAAGGAGAAUUGAGGUUCGUCAGGAGACUUGUCUUCUACUCGUGAAUUAAGAUCUACAGCUGAAUAAAAGAUUUUUAAGACAA